CUUCAAUUUCUUACAUCAGACUGGUCAAAAGAAAGAGUAAAAAACUGGGCAGCUGAGGUCUUUGAUGAAAACGUCGCUGAAAAAUUUCUAGCCAAAGAAAUGACAGGGGUAACAUUGUUCAGUGAACGAAUCACCGGUGUUGAGAGUAUGGAGCGUCUUGGACUGCUAAUGUUGAGGAACCAGGAGAACUUUAGGAGUCUUGUUGAGCAGUUAAAAGGUUAGAUUUACUUUCAGGCUCAUUUCUACGGUUCUUACUGUAUUUUGCCUAAAUUAGUGCCAAUCAAAUCAAGUCUGCUAAUCUUCUAAUGAAACCAAAUAUUGAAAAUAAGAGGACAUCAGUUUUAGUUAGCAUGCACGUGCGUCCUAGAUUUAAUACGUACGUGCUUUUAUAGUCUUUCACAAACCAUGAUUAAAUUUUCGUUUCAACCUUGAACAGGGCACACAGAAUCCAGGAAAUCAGCUUUACCUCCUACGGCAACUAAAGUUCAGCUAUCCAAAGCGGACAGGCUGUUAACACAUCAUGAAAAGAAGCAUCUGACUUGUGAAGAGAAGCGGAUUUUCAACGCAAAGUAAGAUUUUUUACUUAAAGAAACAAUGUUGUGAAUUGGAACUAAUUAUAUUGUUCAAACUUAAAUUGUCUUCCUGUGUUAGCAAUCGACUACUUCAAGAUACAGAUGCAUGUCUAAUUAAAUUGUUAAAAACGUCUUCUUGAUCUAUGAGGAUGAUGUGGAGAAUUAGGAAGAUAUGUAGCUGAAAUUAAGGUUUUAAAGGGUCAAAGCAAUGACAAGGUAUUUUCAACAGGGAGAGGGUGAGAGGAAGAGGUUCAAAACGUUGGGUAAAUAUCUCUGCAAGGCCUGCAAUUGUUGUCUUAUUUUUGUUUGUUUGUGUUUUAUGACAGAAAGAAAAUGGUAUUUGCAGAAAUUUAAAAAAACAUGGCCAGUUGAUGAAGAAAUUCCCUCUUUCCGUCCUCACCAAAUUGAUGAAGUUGUAAAGCUUAAUAAUUUUGCGAAACGGUUAAGUGAAGGCAAGGAUUCAUCUAAAUACAUUUUCUCACAGUGCGCGUUUGGUACAAAUGGCAUUCGAGAAAUGGUCGUGGGCCAUAUGAGAGAGAAAAGGCGAAGUUUCAAAGAUACUGCAAUCCAGAAGGGGGCUACUUCAGAUCCAAAGGCAAGCAAUGGUGACACUGAAAGGGGUGUUACGAAAACUAAGACCCUCGAAAACCUAAGGCCUAAGACCCGUCUUAGUUUUCGAGAUUACGAAAACUAAGACCCCUAAAAUCGAAUCCGUCUAGAUACAAAGUCAAAUUGUAACCGAAAUAGGUCUGAUCUGUCAAAUUAUAUCAUGUUCGAUCCUUUCCACCGAGUUUUAUGUCAAAUUUAAUGGUAAAUUUAGGGGUCUUAGUUUUCGUAUUACGAAAACUAAGACCCCUCUUAGUUUUCGUAAUUACGAAAACUAAGACCCCCACCAAAACAAUCUCUAACAUUUCUACAAAGUCGCAUUACGACCGUUUGAAGACUAUAAUCCGUAAGAUAAACAAAAACUACUAUUAUACGCGUGCUAGACGAUCCGCUUCUUCUCACAACUUGCAGACAUACAUUACCAAUAUUGUGGAUUUAAGAAGAGGAUGAAAGCUUUAGACUACCUACGUAUAAUUGUACACUGAACAUAUGCCUUACCUCUAUAAUUUUGGUUGUUUAUCCUUAAAGUCAUAAGAUUGGUUUUCCACUGGAGAUGGAUUUUUGUCUUCACUGCGGGCUGACAUGUCGCUGCAACCUGAAUGCCUGAUCGCUAAGUGGUCAACGGUGUUACCGGUUAAACAUCACACAAAAAUACGGAUUUUUUUUUCCUUUUCUGGCCAGGUCAUAGAUAGAAAAGUGUUUUUAUAAAAAGGGCGAAAAAAGGAGAAUAUGCUACAUUGCGUUUUUCUGGCGUUUGUUUUUAUCGUUGCUGACAAUGCAAAGGUAGUUGAGGGGUAGGGGUGGGGGGUAAGGAGAAAUAGUCUGUGAGGGAUAAUCGCUAAAAUCACUCAUGAAAUAAUAAUAAAAAAACGAAUGCGUGAAUGAAUUUCCUGUACUAGCAAAACAUCGUCUCAAGAAUUGGAGUUCUAAUUUCAAAACAAUAAAAUAAACAAACAAUCAAUACAAAGUGAAGAUUGCGUGACAGUAGGUUGCCAGAGGUCAGGACUCCCAGGGUAAUAAUUUAAGCAAAUUGUGAGCGGAUCGUAGAUCAGAAUGCGUAUGAUAGUAGUUUCUGUUUGUCUUACGGAUUAUAGUCUUCAAACGGUUGUAAUUCGACUUUGUAGAAAUUUUAGAGAUUGUUUUGGUGGGGUCUUAGUUUUCGUAAUUAGGGGUCUUAGUUUUCGUAAUUACGAAAACCAACACCCCUAAAAUUUACCGUUAAAUUUGACAUAAAACUUGGUGGAAAGGAUCAAACAUGAUAUAAUUUGACAGAUCAGACCUAUUUCGGUUACAAUUUGACUAUUUCGACGGAUUCGAUUUUAGGGGGUCUUAGUUUUCGUCAUCUCGAAAACUAAGACGGGUCUUAGGUCUUAGGUCUUAGUUUUCGAGGGUCUUAGUUUUCGUAACACCCCACUGAAAGUGUUCAAGACUCAAGCAGCAGCCCAAGCUCAUCACCUCUAUCAUCUAUGAAAAAGAUCAAAAUGCAUGCAGACUACUUUCACCCAGGUUAGUCUAAAGUUUUAGCUACAAACUCUUUCUAACAAGAACAACGUCCAUUGUCCACCUCUCCGUCUACAUUGUACCUUCCCAGAAGAUUUAAGCCAAGAUUCAAUCAAGUUCAAGUUUAUUGCUCACAAUUCAAGUUGAUACAGCAUAAGAUGGCUUAGAAAAAACAGUAGGUUAACAAAUGGUGAAAAGUAAAUAUGAUAAACAGGUUUGCUGAUAUGUGCACACAGUGACCAAAGUAGCCAAAGCUUUCGUGUUGGUCACUGUCCCAUAUGAAUGAACAGAGGAGUCCAAGAUAUAAGUGUGAAGCAGUAAUAAACUAGGGUAUGGAGAAGUGCUUGUUUCUAUCUAUUAGAAUUUUUCUAGACUUUUUGAUACAGUGCGAUAAAACGCUAUAUUAAACUUUAGGAUAAAAAAAGAAGAAAAAUGCACAGUUGAUAUGGUAUUUCUGAGAAAUACAGUUAUAUACUAUUAAUAUUUAUUAUCAUCACUAUUAGUUAAUUAAUUUAUUAAUGUAGACCAUUCACAUUUUUCUUCUAGAUUUGACUCAGUCCAGUUGCGAAGCAUUUACAGCCUUUAAAGAAAAUGUUUGGGUUAUCCCUUCUUAGAGGUCAGGAUAAGAAUACAUACAUUAGGGCAUUAGCAGCUGCCCUCCUCAACAACAAUUAUGUGUCAUUCACAGAUGGUUCUGACUUGGGAAAUCUCACCAUAAAAGACAUUAAGAUUUUAAAAACUGUGAAAGACUGAAACAGCUCUAAACUACUCAUCUAUUUGAUGCUCACUUUACAUCAUAAACAGGAGUGAUAUUUAUAGCAGCAUUUUCAAAGGACUAAAGGAAAUCAAAUUCACCUAUUGUAUAAAAAAGUUGCUUCUUGUUUUGAAGUGUAAUUUAAAUUCAUUUUAGUUUACCGGUAAUUGUAUUCUGUAUGUCAAGGCCUUAUUACUAGAUUUUUUGAGGGACAAAGGGCUCAUGCAAUUCCUUUUCAUAAGUUUAGGUGUUGUGAUGUGAUGUGUUUAAAAAACCUUAACAGAUCGUGAAGAGCAGAUGCAUGCUGAAAAGACUUGUAAAUCAUGACUUGAAACAUGCAGUAUCCUAGCUUUACGGUAAACAUUGCUUAUGUUCAGGAAAAGAAUGUAAAUAUUGAUUAAAGAGUUCUGUAUCACUUCAUUGUACUGCUUGAAUAUGUUGAUGUGGCUUCAGUUCUAUGUUAAACCCAUUAUGUGUUUCAAAGUUUGUAUAUUCCUGGAAAGCUAGUGCCAUUGCUGGCAGGGGAACAUGUUUCCACCUUAGUCUAGCUUUGGGGAAAGUUACAAACAUUUAUGGAACAAAAUGUCAACCAAGCAUGGAUAUAAGAAAUUUUCCACAUUCCACAUUUAGAAGAUAGGCAUUCCACCUUUGGAUGCUGCGAAUCCAAGUUUGGAAAUCAAUUUUCCACAGCAUUUUUCCUUCUUUGGAAAUAUGAAAUUCUGCUUUUGGAUAAGUAGUUAACCAUAUAUGGAGAUACCUCUUUUCCAACUUUGGCAAAUAGAAAUUCCCUUUAUGGAUAUUAGCAAACCCAAAGUUGAAAAUUACAUUUCCCAUGUUCUCUUACAUUUUGUGUGGAAAUAUUUUCCACCUUUGGAAAAUCGCAAAUCCUAGCAUGGAAAUGCAGAAUAACCCACUUUGGAAAAAAGGCACUUUUUCCAACGAGAGAUUUUUUGAAAAACCAAACAAAAACCACACAAAAACCAUAUUUUUUACCAUAUGGACAAUGGUUAAUUUUUCCAAUGAGAUGUUUCCUAAUUGAGUUGGCUUCUCUGUGAGUUCGUGGGCAGCCUGUGAAUAUUCCAAGCCCAAGAAAUCGAGUAAAUAGGUUGUUAGUGUUGUCGGUGUGUUGGUUCCAAAUCUGAAACAUCUUGAAACGUCAGAAUAGCAUCCAGCAUACCUAAAAGCAGACCUUCCAAGUUACUAGAAAUACGUAAAUUGCAGGACCUCGUGAAGGACUUCAGGCGGCAAGUAAAGCCGAGGAGAUUAUUUGUAAAUCUAAAAAUUGUAUAUAGAAACAGUCUCACACUAUACUUUAUUUCAUGCACAUCAUUUUGCCAUCUCCACCUGCAAAUAGCAAAAGCUAGAUGAGGCGGGCAGAGAGGAAAGGUUACAGCAGUCAUAACAGAUAAUAUAAUAACAUAACAAAACUGUUAUACCUACAAUGAAAACUAAACGAAAAGAAACGAAAAGAAGCGAAGAGAAAAAGGUUAUGCCCGGAGUCGAACUCAGGAUAUUCGACGCACCGGGCUUAAGUUAAUUGUAAAUCUUUACAGGACAAGAAGAGAAAAUCCAGCAUUAAUUUUUUGACAUUCCUUAAAUGUUUGUACCGAUGUGCAAGAUGUUGUUAUCACUAUUGCCAAAGGGAUAAACCACAAAAUCGAGCGGAAUGACACUGAGAUUGUUUACAAUCCUUCUGCACUGCCUGACAUUGUCCACUUUUGAUACAGCUAUUUUGAGAAAGGUUGUUGGAAAAAAGUGCAAAAGUGCACGCGACAAUCCCGAGAGGUACUGUGGGUUUUUUAAAUUCCCAGUUCUGCCUUCAGUAUUUCAGGAAAUUGUGAGAAAAUGGCUCGUGACGCCAUGGACGUGUGUUUGUGGGUCCUAGCUAAGAGAAACCAGCAAAAGCAGCAUCGACAGCUAUAGCAGGUAUAGCAACAAAAGCAGGUUCGACAGCUAAACGUACCUUGUUUUAAACUGUUUUUCAAUUGAAGCAAUACUUUCUGGAAAAUUGUCAAGCAGAAAUUUCUCCAGAAACCGACACGGCAUUUCAAAUCAGUUACUACGCCGAAGGAAACAAGAAAUUCUCUAUAUCAUCGAAAAACCAACAUGCUGAAGCAUUUUCUUUAGUUAAAAACGGGAAGAUAACAUUGCGGGUGGAUCCACACAAAGACGUUCCCAGAGGUUCCUAGGGUAGAAAGAGAAAAGGUAAGGAAAAUAAUAAUCUGCGCUAUUUGCACAUUUUGUUAGUGAGAUUUGCGUCAUAUGUUCAAUCGCAAUGAUUUUGAUUAUUAUUAUUCAAAAAUAGGUAAUUCCAGUGCUCAAGAUGAUAGUGGGCACGGACAAGAAGAAGGAAGUUACAAGUCUUGCCUUUCAUGGCUUAGAGAGAAGCAUGACUUUCCCGAUUUUAAAUUGUGCUGUGGGCGCGGAGGUGGUAAGGAAAAUUUGUUAGUGAAUUAAUGGGAGCAAUUUUAACCUUUUGGCAGUUUGAUUUCAUGUCUACCAUCAAGCUAUUUUUCCUUUAAAGCAUCGUUUACUUUUCAUUACCUUUAAUACUGCCUUUCCAGUGAAAUGUUUUUCUGACAAAUACUUGGGUAAAUCAGCACAAAAAGCACGUGUUGCAUGAACUUGAGUCUGAAAAAGACAAUUUUGAACUAAUUUGCUAAAAUGAGUCAGGCUGCACUAUGUGUAAUUGUAGUUCAAGGGUUUGUUAUGUUUUUCCCUUAUUUUACAGACAAGCCCUCUCAGAAAAUCGGAAAAAAUUUAAUAUCGUUUGUUCCUCCAUAGGUUAACAUAACCCACAACAGUGAGGAUACCCCUCCCAGUGUGCCAUUUUUUACUGCUAUUUUGAAAGCUUCGAAACGUUCCAAAGCUUUGACGUCAGGUGAAUUCAGUACACAAUCGAUGGACAACGCUGCACAAAAGGCAAGAGAGGCAUUUCUCAGCCAAUGUAUGCGGCCUAUUUUGUACGUUAUUUCCUUAUUAAUAACCAAAUUAUUUGCUAUUUGUAGGUGCAGAUACGUAAUAGAUUCCUUCAGCAGCUCAAGGACCUUAGAGCAUUAAAAGAAGAUGCCUUCCUCACAGAAAACGAAUUGAAAGAAUUGAAUUCUUUGUAAAUUUUGGUAUUAAUUACGUAUUUAUCCACUGAUGCUUAUGAAUACUGAAUAAACUGUCUUUAUUUAUUUAUAACAAGCAUUCGACUAGUUUCUAAUUUGUUCAUCAGUAACUUGAAAAAAAGCUUCUUCGACCAUAAACUGGGGAUCCAUGCAAAAUUGCCAGGCCGCAUCUUUUUCCCUUAUCCAGUUUUUGGUUCAGAUGGCUCAGACGGCAUAAAAUCUGGGCUGUAUGGUGGAAGGAAUACAACCAUCACUCCUGUGGCAUGA